GCAACAACGACCGUUGUUGUGUGUGGUGUGUGUGUAUGUGUGUGGAAUUUAUUUUCGCACAACAACAAGCAAGAAGCAAGCAAAGGAACAACCGACAAGCCAAAGCCAAGCACGCAGCGAGAUGAGCGGUACAGCGGCAUUGCUGUUGCAGCGGCAGCUGAAGGAGCUGCAGAAGAACCCCGUCGAUGGGUUCAGCGCUGGCCUCAAAGACGACAACAUCUUCCAUUGGGAGGUGAUGAUCAUGCCACAGGAGGGCAGCCCAUACAACGGGGCCAUGUUCUGUGCAGAGCUUGUGUUUCCAAAGGACUACCCUUCCAACCCGCCAAAAAUGCGCUUUGUCAAGGUCAUUCCUUGGCACCCGAACGUGUACGAGGAUGGACGCGUGUGCAUCUCUAUCCUGCAUCCACCCGGCGAUGAUGAGUAUGGUUAUGAGGAUGCCAGUGAACGCUGGCUUCCCGUGCACACCGUCACCACCAUCCUUCUCUCCGUCACGUCCAUGCUCGCGGACCCCAACGACGAGUCCCCUGCAAACCUGGAGGCAGCAAAGGAAUGGAGAGAAGACAAGGAAACGUUCAAAAAGAAGGUGCGGUCGUGCGUGCGACGAAGCCAAGAGGAGGCGUUCCUUUAGACGUUCAACCACACUUCCACACACAACACCUAUUGCUCCAACACGCUCUUGUUCAUGUUGCAUGAAAUGACACGUGCGAUGUGCUGAUGAUGAUUCAGGGCGUAUUGUCUUGCCUGUCUGCUCUAAUUUGUCACUUUCCAUCCUCCUAAUGCCAAUCAGCAAUGUGUAUGCGUGUGUGUGUGUCUGUGUGUCUGUGUGUC